AUACACGAAUCGAACGUCGCUAGACUAGUCACGUGAUCGACAUUGUCUUAUUUUUUCUCAUCGAGCGUUCGGUUGAACGAAACGAAUAUUUGCGAUAUUUCCGCGCGCAAAAGUGUUUUGUUUCGAUGAGUUUAUGUUUGUUUUUUAAGUAUUUGAUAUUCGUAUAGAUGCCGGGAUUGAAAUAAGAGCAGGAAAUCUUUUGAGGAAGUGGAGUGACAGCCCCGCUGUAAAUCAAGAUGGCAGGUCUGUCUUUGUAUUUUGAAGAUGGUCAUGAUGAUUUAGAUGACUUUGGAUUCGAUGACUAUGGUUCAGAGUGUGAUGGGAUUCGGAUAACAGCAUUCCUGGAUGCAGGCCAGGAUAAUCUCACCCCUCUGGGUCGGCUGGAGAAAUAUGCUUUCAGUGAAAACGUCUUCAACAGGCAAAUUGUGGCUCGUGGAUUGCUCGAUGUGCUCCGGGAGUUCAGUGAUAAUGAAAAUGACUUUAUCAGCGUUAUGGAAACAGUUGCCAGAAUGUCUGAGGAUGGAGAACCGUCAGUGCGAGCAGAGCUGAUGGAACAGAUACCAAACAUUGCCAUGUUCCUUCAUGAAAAUCGGCCCAAUUUCCCCGAAGCCUUCUCACGGUAUCUGGUACCCAUUGUGGUCCGGUAUCUAACAGACCCUAAUAACCAGGUGCGAAAGACGAGCCAGGCUGCUCUGCUAGUGCUACUUGAACAGGGUCUGAUGAGUAAGGCAGAUAUGGAGGGAAAGGUCUGCCCUGUGAUUCUGGAGCUCACUGAACCCAGCAGUGACGAUGAUUACAAGAUCGAAGCAGUCGCGAUCAUGUGCAAGCUGGUGACCAUGUUAACUAAAGACACGGUGGAACACCUUUUAUUGCUGCGCUUUUGUGAACUCUGCAGUGACGUCAAACUAUUUCAAGUCCGCAAGGUUUGUGCUGCAAACUUUGGCGAGUUCUGUUCUAUUGUUGGCCAGGAAGCCACAGAGAAACUUCUGAUGCCCAAGUUUUUCGACCUGUGCUCAGACAGUCUGUGGGGUAUUCGGAAAGCCUGUGCUGAAUGCUUCAUGGUUGUUUCAAACUGCACUUCUCCAGAGGUGCGGCGUACUAAAUUGUCCCCCUUGUUCAUCAACCUCAUUAGUGAUCAGUCACGCUGGGUACGCCAGGCUGCGUUCCAGUCUCUAGGUCGUUUCAUCUCCACAUUUGCCAACCCUUCAAUCACAGGAUUACAUUUCUGUGAGGAUGGAACCCUCCGUGAGAUACAGAAGAUCUGCUCAGGGAGCCACAGACAAGAAAUGACCACCAGCAACUCCAGUAACAGCCGCAAUGCCUCCAUCGAUGGUUCUCCACACAGUCUCAUUCAGUCCCAUUCAGAGCAGCAACAAUCCACUCCAGUUCUGACGGGUCCACCAUCACAUCCUCCAGAAGGCAGUUCCUCUACCCAAACCCAAGAAGAUGGGAUCAGACUGGGCCACCCUGAACACUCAGCCCCUCUGUCCCACCAGCAGACGGACGAGUGCACAAUGUUCAAUUCAUUCAACUUCUGGAGAGCCUCACUACCUGACAUCACUGAAGAGCUGGAACUCUUACAAGAAGAGAAAAGAGAUGAGGUGAUAGAGAAACGAGAUGAGACCAUGAGGGAGACGGAAGGUGAGGGGAAAGAAGAUGUGCCAAGUUUAGAUUCACAAGGCCCAGCCACCAGCUCUCAGAUCCAGAAGGUUUUGGACUGUCUUCAGCCUCACCUGGAUGAUCCUGAUGUGCAAGCUCAAGUGAAGGUGUUGUCCGCUGCGCUGAAAGCUGCCCAACUAGAGAGUGAGACAGAAGAUGCCGAUGAGUCUGUGUCAGAGAAUAAUGGUUCCACAGGCUCCCCGACGUCUGAUGAGCUCAGUGCCAUGAGUGAACUCUCACUGACAGACGCAGAGACCUCAGAUUUACCCUCCAGUUCACCAGUGCCGGUAGACGACUCUGAACACAGCCCUGAGGAGUCAGUCCUAAUAGAAAAUGUGGAGGAGGACAAAGAUUCAGACACAGCUAAAAUGUGUGAAGAGGAGAAGUCUAAAUUUCAGAAUGUAAUUCCACAGCAGUUGCUGGAUCAGUAUCUGUCCAUGACAGACCCCGCUCGAGCUCAGACCGUAGACACUGAGAUCGCCAAACACUGUGCAUUCAGCUUGCCAGGUGUUGCCCUAACUCUGGGCAGACAGAACUGGCACUGCCUCAAAGACACAUAUGAGACCCUUGCUACAGACGUACAGUGGAAGGUGCGGCGGACGCUGGCGUUCUCUAUCCACGAGUUGGCAGUGAUUCUGGGAGAUCAGCUGACUGCAGCUGACCUGGUGCCCAUAUUUAACGGCUUCCUCAAAGAUCUCGAUGAGGUGCGGAUAGGAGUCCUCAAACACCUGUAUGAUUUCUUGAAGCUUCUUCAUGCCGAUAAGCGUCGGGAGUAUCUGUAUCAGCUGCAGGAGUUCAUGGUGACGGACAACAGCCGAAAUUGGAGAUUCCGCUAUGAGCUAGCUGAGCAGCUCAUCCUGAUCAUUGAGUUGUACAGCCACAGCGAUGUGUAUGACUACCUCAGACAGAUCGCACUUAACCUUUGCUCUGACAAAGUGUCAGAAGUGCGAUGGAUCUCCUAUAAACUGGUGGUGGAGAUCCUGCAGAAGUUGUAUGCCUGUGAAGCUCAUGAUCUAGGUCUGAAUUUCAUUAAUGAGCUCAUUAUGAGAUUUUGCCACUGUCCCAAAUGGGUCGGACGUCAGGCAUUUGCAUUCAUUUGCCAGGCCAUUGUGGAGGAGGACUGUAUGCCCAUAGACCAGUUUGCACAGCACCUUCUACCCAGUCUGCUCAGCCUCUCAUCAGAUCCUGUACCCAACGUACGUGUGCUGGUGGCCAAGGCGUUACGGCAGAGUGUGUUGGAAAAACCAUACUUCAAGGACCCAGGCAGCGCUUACUCGGAUGAGCUGGAAGAGGCUCUGUCUGAGCUAAGGAUGGACAAGGACAGGGACGUGCGGUUCUUCGCCACACUGGAUCCCAACAGAAACGUCAUGGACACAGCAGCGUUAAUUUAGCACCAUGUACUGCCCGCACACAAGAACAAGCACCAGCAGGAACAACACUAAACGAAUCGAAGUGUUUACAAAUAGGAACUACUGACAAAGACCUUCACACACACAGUGUAUCCUUAUGCUCUCCUGAUACGCUCCACAUUUGACAGUGCAUUCAUAUAGUAUGCAUGUAUACACAAAACGGCUCAUUUGUAAAACGUUUCUACUGAUGUAGCUAGCUAAAUCUUAAAUUGGAUCCUUAAAAUAUGCAAAUGUGUGCGUAUUUAUGGUAAUACGACUAAUAUAGCCUUGCAAAUUUGAUCUUCCACAGUGGUUUUUACCAUUUAGAUUAUUAAAUUGUGAGAUUGCCUUGUCAAGCAAUUACAAAUUACAAUUACAAAGUCAAGGACCACUCAACCUCUCCCUUACACAGCCUCGGUUUUACCACCCAAACACACACACACUUUCAAACACAGAAUAACCAUCUCACCUCUCUGAACGGUGCAAGAUUGUUUUUUUUUUUGCACCUUCGCGGCAGCAGAAAGUAUUUGGAGACACAAGAUGCAUCUUCCUCUUCAUCAGACCUUUGAGAUGCUACCAGCUGCCCCUCCAAAGCUACUUUUUCUCCAUUUCCUUUUCUUGUGGAUUUCUUGAAACAAAAAGGACUAAGAAUGCAUAAGCAGACUGACACAGUGAAGUGCUACUAACUCAGGGAGACCUGAUAUUCAGAUUUUUUUUUUUUUAAAGCUGCAAUGCCACAAAAUGCUUUCAAGCUGAGCCCAAGUGAUGCUGCAGAACUUUUGCUGCAUUUACCAAUCUCUCAUUUACCUGUCCCUCAGGAUCCACCCAGAUCGUUGCAGGAAACGGUGUUUAAAAAUGGCAAAUGAGCGAAUUUUUGCAGCUCAGGAGCUGAAGACCUCCCUCUCUUUUUGCUCUAACCUUUUGUAGCUCACAAGAAUUCGCUUUGUUUUAAUGUACAUGUUUUUUCUGCGUGUUUUGAGUGUGGUCUAGUUGUACAUAACCUCCUCGUCUUCCCUGAUUGGUGGAGAUUGGUUUUUUUCCUCACCGUUUUAUAAAUAUAAGGGGCCAGUAUUUUAGAGUGGUGUCAGGAGUUGCUUUUCAAGCAAACUUUACAGCCACUAGAUGACAUUUAGAUUGAAAAUCCUCUUGUCCGACGAAAUUAACAUUAAAACAUUAAUGAAAUCUUGAUUGGUUAAUUCAGAGCAAAGAGGGCCUGACCUGCAGAGAGCGCUGUUUGGUUGUCUGUGGAAAACGCCACACUUCUGACACGGUUUAGUCAGAUUUGCACUAGUUAAUCAAAGCACGCACAAAUUUGCUAUUUAUAAGCUAUUUUGUGCUUGAAGUUGAUUUGACCGACCAUUCGUUUUUACAAAGCAUGGUUGUGCUGCUCUUGGUAUCAGUUAACUCACGUCUAGCUGCUGAUCGGUUAUCAGUAUGCCUGUUUUUAUGGUUUAUAUAUUUAAAUUAGGAGGACUGGACACACAUCAGCAUGUAAAGGCAAACUUUGCCAAGAGCACUUUACUAUUAAGGGUUCAAUGGAUAGAGAAUUGCAGGUCCUUGUUUUAUACAGUAUAAUAAUUAAUAAAUAAAUCUGUUGGAAUGGGGGAAUCAUGAUAAAUCAGUGGUUCAGAUUUUCAAAAUAAGGCAACUUUCUUGACCAAACUCAAGUGGUGCUCGGAUCCGUUGCAUUUAUUCUCAAAGAUGUGUAUAUGGAAUAUGUUUAUGGAUUGUUUAUAUGGAAUGGUUAAAAAAAUUGAACUACAGCCUGUAAACAAAUUUAUAAUAUGAUUUUAUUGAUGAUAUCUACAGGAGUCAAGGCCAGUCUUUUUUCCUAUGGCGAUAUUUGGUUUGGAAUUAUAUAGCGGGAGAAGUUGUUUUCUCUGUGUUCCCAUGUGUGUUUGUGUGUCUGCAUGCAUCUGUGUGUGGCUGUUUGUCCUUUUUGUUUUCAAUCCCGUAUGGACCAUGUUGAAAGUAUAUAUAUAUUUUGUUAGAUUGUUAUAUUUUCCCCAAUAAAUUCUCCUGUGUGAUUUACUGAGGCACUGACAUCACUGAUGUGUCAACUAAACCACUUCAAACUGUGCACAUGUACCGAUCCAGUAGAUUUCCAGUAAUGUUACAAUAUUAUGAUACAAGCAUCUGAUUCGAUUUUUUUGCCCCCUUUUAAUCUUCUCAAUGUAUCAUGUUCAAAGAUUUUAUAUCCUAACCUUUCAGGUUACAACCUUUGUAAUUUUCUGUACAUCUGCUUUAAAUACAUUUUAUGUAUUGUUAUUUUUAGUAUUCAUUAAUUAAAAUAAUAUACAUUUGAAA